AUGAGUAAUCUCCUCUGGAAAUAUUACCUCGAAGAUGACGUCGAUAAAUUUCGACGCCUACUGGCAAAUACUGCCUAUUCAUCGCAGCAUACACUGAAAAGUCAUGGUGGAGGAGGGCCGGCAUUCUCCAGCAGCUUUGGGAACAAAAUAGGGAGUUCAGGCGGAUUUGGAACAUCACCAAAGACUUUCGGCAAGAACCGCAAAACACCCGGUCCAGCUGGAAACUCAAAUGGGAAUAAAGGACAGGGAAAUGCGAUCAGCAAGGCAGAAUUGAAUAGCAGAGAUUAUGCUGGGUUAACUGUCUUACACCGAGCUGCAUCUUCGACAUCUACGAAUGCAAUAAUCUUUGCGACCUCUCUUAUCGAACAUCCUUCCAUCGACCUCUAUAUACAAGAUACGGAAAGUGGGUGGACAGCGUUGCAUAGGGCUUUAUAUUUCGGCAACGUCACAAUUGCUCGAGCAAUUAUCGAGCGAGACUCGAAGGAUCGCGCCGCUGGAAAUACAGGAGCUAAGCCGGACUCUUCGGUUAUCAAGGUCAAGGAUAGGGAGGGAAACACCCCAUUUGAUGUAUACAAUGCAACUAUCGCAAGGCGAUCUCUGCUAGACCGAGGAGAGCAGGGAGUACCUCACCGUUCAGAUGAUGAUUCUGAUGAGGAGUUAUUCGAUUCACCGUCGAGCGAAUCGUCAAAGUUCAAAAGUAUCGAUGGUGACGAACUUUAUGCAUUUGGUAGUAACAAGAACUUUUCAUUGGGUUUCGGUGAUCAGGAUGAUCGUCAGUAUCCGGAGAAGAUAACGCUUAAACGUCCUGACCAUUUACUCUUUCGAUUUUAUCAAGAAUACUUGGACUCUGUCUAUGAUCAUAACCCUAUUGGAAACCCAAAAAUGCCCAAGACAGUAUCUGAACUUCCUUCCAUGAUUCAAAAUAAGCCCAUCAUCAUACAAGAUGUUGCUCUGUCCAAACUUAGUAGCGCUGUAUUAACUACGGAUCCGGAAUCAAACCUUUACAUGUGUGGCUUUGGCCCUGGAGGUAGAUUAGGCAUGGGGGAUGAAACCACUCGUUUCAAUUACGUGCCAGUAGAUCAAGGCGGUUUGGCAGGAAAGAAGGUCGUAACUGUUGCUUUAGGUCAAAAUCAUACGCUUGCAGUCUCGUCGGAAGGAGAGAUUUUCAGUUGGGGUACAAAUACUUGGGGUCAAUUAGGCUACAAUCUACCUCGACCUGCGCUGAAGGAUGAAGAACCACUUUGUACAACCCCGCGCCAGAUAUUUGGACCUCUGAAAAGAGAAAUCAUUAUUGGCAUAGCUGCAUCUGCUAUUCAUUCAGUGGCCCACACGUCUACCUCAUUGUUUUGCUGGGGAAAGAAUGAGGGACAAUUGGGUCUUAUGGACUCUGACUCACGAUCUUUGGAAGCUCAACCAAUACCUCGCAGAGUUGCCGCAUCUUUAUUCAAGUCAUCAAUUGUAAAAGUUUCGGCCAUUAGUGGUGCAACUAUAUGCCUCUUGGCAAACCAUACAGUCUGUGUUUUCACGAAUUAUGGUUACAACAUGGUCAAGUUUCCGUUGUAUGAGGGCUUCACAAACUAUCAUUUACAAAGUACCUCGCUCACGACUCGAUAUGACUCAGAGUCAAAUAAUAUCACUACUAUUGAGUCUGGCGGAGAUACAAUUGCGGCUAUAUCUGGUAGAGGUGACUUGUUUACCUUCAAUGUAAGGAAAAUUGAUACAAAAGUUGCGGCGGCUUCUACAACGAAUCCCUCCAAAAUUAAAGAUGCUUUAUCACAGCCGCAGCGAGUCUGGUCACUUCGCAAGGGUAAUUGGGAUGGAAUAAAAUCUGUUGGUGUCGCCGAGAAUGGGUCCGUGAUAGUUUGUACUCAGGCUGGAGCGGUUUGGCGACGCAUCAAAAGAGCUAAGAAUAAGGAUGCUUUCACUGGGAUCAGUGGUUACGACCGGAAGGAUUUCAAAUUUCAGCGGAUCCCGGGACUUACUAAAGUAGCUGCUGUCAGAAGCAAUCCUUUUGGUGUGUUUGCGGCCAUCCGUAAGGACUGUGAUGUGACCAGGACUCAAGUUGCAGUUGAAGAUAAGACAUUGUGGGAUGAUAUUGCACCUUUGCUAAGUAUCCGAGAUCUUGUAGCUUCGGAGCAUCCAGUAGAACAGGCGGGAAGUCUAGUAAACCCUCGCCUGGCAAAUUUGGACAUCGAAUAUGGCCCUGUCCUCGCGGCACUGAUCAUGUCUCCGGACAUCGAGGAAGAUGUCCAAGGCUUGCUCAUGGGAGUGGAUUCUGAGAGUGGUGGUUAUGAUGUUGAGAUAUGUUCCAGUACAUCUGACAUCGCAAUACCUGUCCAUGGCUUUAUGCUGGCAGCUAGAUCAUCUGUCUUGAGAUCACUUCUUGCCGACUCUCAUGCCAACGGAACCACUUCACUGUCUAAUAUCCUCAACAUUGAAAAUAGUACGGGUGGUAAAAAGAGAAUUAUCUUUAACGGCAUAGAUUUUAUCACCCUUGUCAAUUUCGCUAUCUUUCUCUACAUUGACAAAAUUGCUGAUGUUUGGGCCUUCGCGAAUUAUCUCCCGAAUAUGGCCUUCAGACUGAGGCAGGUUAGGAUUGAAAUCAUGAAGCUUGGUUCUCAUUUAAAUAUUCCCUACCUAACUCAACCUGGACUUGUCAGAAGGCCCUCAGACAAAUUGAACUCUGACAUGGACAACGCUAUUACAGACGAGAAAUUCUUCGAUAAUUGUGAUGCUAUUGUUGAGUUGGAUGGAGGAGAGAUGCCUAUUCACAGUGUGCUUGCAUGUCAAAGAUGUCCUUUCUUCGAUGGUCUAUUUAAUGGUCGAUCGGGAGGUCAAUGGCUUGCUGGUAGACGCGCAAAAAUCACAGAUCCGAUCAGCAUCGAUUUGAAGCAUAUUUCGCCUGAUACCUUCGAACUGGUAUUGCGUUAUAUAUAUGCGGAUGUUGGACCUGAGCUUUUUGAUGAUAUCGUCUCCACUAAUAUUGAUGAGUUCUCGGAAAUAGUUAUGGACGUCAUGAGUGUUGCGAAUGAGUUGAUGAUUGAUAGAUUGUCUCAGAUCUGUCAACAAGUGUUGGGUCGUUUUGUCAAUACUCGAAACGUAUGCAAUAUCAUCAAUGCCGUGGCACCUUGCUCAAUCACCGAACUUAAAGACGCCGGCCUUGAGUAUAUGUGCUUGCAGCUGGAGUCAAUGCUUGAGAAUCGUUUACUUGAUGAUCUUGAUGAGGACCUUCUCCUUGAAUUAGAUGAAGUCGUGCGUGACAAUCAAUUGAAUUGUCUUCCAUUCGCCAAAAGUGGACGAGCUGAUCUAGAUUUGCACGAGAAAUAUCCUGAAUUGGCGGGGGACAUUGAUGAGGAAAGACGUCGCAGACUUGGAGAUAUGAUCUUCCGUGCUCAUCUAAGAGAUGAUGAUAAUCGAAUAUCUUCAUCUUUCAAGGCACGUAUGGGGAGUCUUGAUGAUUAUUUACCCUCUCCAAGUAAUGAUAAAGCUAGGAGGAAAUCAAGGGUGGUCAAGAACGAACCAUUUAGCCCAAGUGUACGUCCUAAGGAUGCAGCGGCUGAUUUCAUGUUUGAUAUGGAUGACGAUGAAGAGCCUGGUAGUCCACCUGAACUGAACUUGACUAACGACCUAACUUCUGCUUCCCCUGGUGGUCCAGUAACUCCAAGGUUCCCUACAACUGGUUCGACGCCUAAGGUUUUCGAGUCAGGAUCUCCUACGGACUUUCGAAAUUCUGUCGGAUUAGGAAUCAAUCACAAUCCAGACACCCCUCAAACUGGAAAUAAAACUUGGUCUUCUCCUAAUCUUUUAGUCAAGCUGGACAUGAAAGAUAUUAUGGCCCAAGCAUCAACGAACCGUACUUCGAAUUUAUCAAUGAGUCUCUCAGCUCAAAAGGCCAAGGAUGAAGCGAAUGCCAAAUCAUCUACCCCAAAACUUUCACAGAAAGAACGUAAGAAGCAACAGGCAGCUCUUCAACAAGCAAUUGCACAAACUCCUGUGAACAAGGGUAAAGACAAGGCAUCUUCUCCUUGGCAAAUUGCAGGUGUGGGUUCAAAAACGAACCUCAAGGAUAUUCUUGAUAAGGAUAACAAAUCUUCACCAUCAUCCUUAGCACCAAACCCAACAACCUCACCAGCUAUCUCACCUUCAAGUACUACUUCAACUAUACGUCGAGUCACGGCGCCAGAUACUCGAUUUGCUGGUCAAAAAAGGAAUGAUAAUAACAGCAUCACGAAAGCACAAAGAUCUUCACCUGGUCCAUCAAGGCCAAGCUUGUUAACACCAAGCAAAUCGUCUCCACUUAUUCCUCAUUCGAAAUCAUAUACAGCGCCAGCAGCGAAAGCCGAACCGUCACUACAGUUAUCCAUGGCUGAUAUCAUAGGAAUGCAACAAAGAGAGCAAGAAGUGAUUAAAGAAGCAGUUGCAAAGCGAAGUCUUCAAGAAAUUCAAGAAGAACAAGCAUUCCAAGAAUGGUGGGAUCAAGAGAGUAAAAGGGCUCAAGAGGAAGAAGCUUUGAGGGCAAAGGCUUCUACUGGAGUUAGUAGAGGUGGUGGUAAGUCUGGUGGUGGUAGAGGAAAGGGUGGACCGAGAGGGAGAGGUGGAAGGGGAAGAGGUGGUGGGGAAUCUGUUAGGGGUGGUGGUGGCGGAGGAAGGGGAAGAGGAAAAUCUCAGGAAAAAAGUACUGGCGCGAAUUAA